AUGAUGGCUUCUGAUCCCGAUGCUGGCGUUCCCAACUUGAACCUCACCCCCGAGGAGAAGCGAGUCUACGGCCAGCUCUUCCGCGCCGCCGAUACUGAUGCCGUUGGAGUUAUUACCGGCGAGGUAGCUGUCAAGUUCUUUGAAAGGACAAAGUUGGAUUCCCGCGUUUUGGGAGAGAUAUGGCAAAUCGCCGACAAGGAAAACAGGGGCUUCCUCACCCCAGCAGGCUUCGGUGUUGUCUUGCGGCUUAUCGGGCACGCGCAAGCCGGUCGCGAACCUUCCCCCGAGCUCGCCCUGUCGCAGGGUCCCAUUCCUAGAUUCGACGGCUUCACCCCGACUCCCGCCCCCGUUCCCGUUCCUGGUCCGGGGCCCCAGUCGCCUGCGGUGCCUGCUGCCAUGGUUUCUCCCCAGGCCACCGGUUCCGGCCCUAUCCGGAUCCCGCCCCUGACCCCCGAGAAGGUCUCCCAGUACUCGGCCCUGUUCGAGAGACAGCCCCUGCAGGGAAACAUGCUCCCUGGCGAGCAGGCGAAGCAGAUCUUUGAGAAAUCGGGCCUGUCGAAUGAGAUUUUGGGAAGAAUCUGGAUGCUGGCCGAUACAGAGCAGCGUGGUGCGCUGGUGCUGACCGAGUUCGUCAUUGCCAUGCACUUGCUCACCUCGAUGAAGACGGGUGCCCUGCGCGGUUUGCCUACCAUCCUGCCUGCUGCGCUGUACGAAGCCGCUACGAGACGCGCCCCCGUUGGCGGCAUUCCUCCUCCCGGCCGAUCCCCGACGACCGCUACUCCGCCGCUUCCGCCCGCUGCUAGACACCUUACCGGCCCUGCACAACUUACGCAGACGAGAACUGGCAGCCCGCUGGGACGUCCGCCACUUCCCGCGCAACCGACUGGCGAUUGGCUGAUUAACCCGGCGGACAAGGCGCGGUUCGAUUUGCUGUAUGAGGAGCUGGAUAAGCAGAAGAAGGGCUUUAUUACCGGCGAGGAGGCUGUGCCUUUCUUCAGCCAGUCCAACCUCAACGAGGAUGCGCUUGCUCAGAUCUGGGACCUUGCGGAUAUCAACUCGGCUGGCCGUCUCACACGCGACGAGUUUGCUGUUGCCAUGUACUUGAUCAGAGAGCAGCGACUCAAGCCCGGCCAGGUUCCUUUGCCUACUACUCUGCCUCCUAAUUUGAUUCCUCCUAGCAUGCGCACCCCCCAGCAAAGCAGACCUCAGACUGCUGGUGGCUUCCAACCCCAGCCCCCGCGCCCGCAACCACCUGCGCCGAAGCCUUCGGCUUUGGAUGACUUGUUUGGUCUGGAUGAUCCUCAGCCUUCUGCGGCCGCUCAGGCGCCGGUGCAAGUGCCUAUUGCUACCGGUGGAUCGGUCGAUCCGUUCGGCAACAGUGCUAGUCCCAUUGCGCCAGCUUCACCUAUUCGCCCUGUUGUGACGGGCUCGAACUUUAAGCCGUUUGUUCCUUCGUCCUCUUUUGGUCGCGGUUUGACUACACAUGCUACUGGAGGUUCGAACAGCUCGGCACCAGCGGGUGGUGUUAGAUCUCCGCUACCGCCAACUGUUGAGGACGAUUUGCUGGGUGACGCCGACCCUGAGGUCAACAACAAGCUCUCCAACGAGACUACGGAGCUUGCCAACCUCUCUAACCAGAUCGGCUCUCUCACCAAGCAGGUUCAGGAUGUCCAGACUCAGCGCACUAACACCCAGAACGAACUGUCCCAGGCCAGCCAGCAGAAGAAGAACUUUGAACAACGCCUUACCCAGCUGCGUGCCUUGUACGAGAAGGAAGCUCAGGACGUCCGCGCUCUCGAAACGCAGCUCAACACCGCCAAGGCCGAGACUAAGAAGCUGCAGACCGAGUUCGCCAUGGUCGAAGCCAGCUAUCUCGAGCUGCAGAACCAGCACCGUACGGUUGUUGCUGGCUUGCAAGCCGACCAGCAGGAGAACGCCUCGUUGAAGGAGAAGAUUCGCACGGUCAACGGGGAGAUUGCCCAGCUUAAGCCGCUGGUUGAGAAGUUGAAGAGCGAGGCCAGGCAGCAGAAGGGGUUGGUGGCUAUCAACAAGAAGCAGUUGAGCACGGUGGAGGGCGAAAAGGGGAAGCUGCAGAAUGAGGUUGAGGACCUUAAUAAGGAGAAGGAGGAGCUGGCUAGACAGGUUGAGUUGGCCAGACAAGCCAGCCCGGUGCCGCAGGUCGCUAGUCCUGCCCUGUCCACUGGAAGUGGUAACAACCCCUUCUUCAGGAGGACGGGAAGUGCGGACAUCAGCGCUGCGUUCGCCUCGCCUAUGAGGUCGAUGAGUGGCCAGACUUUUGACGAUGUCUUUGGCCCGUCGCUGAACGCUCCUGCUCAGAGCCCUACGCCACCUCCUCUAGCUGUUUCUCCUGUUCCCCAGGUUGCGGCGUUCAAGGCCCAGAAUACCGGCACUUCGACCAAUAGCUUUGGUUCAGGGUCGUUUGCCACUCCCGGCAGCACUUCGCCUACCAUUUCCAGGCAGCCUACUAUCACCGCUGAGAGCGCUAAUGUUCCUGGUGCUUUCUCGCCGUUCGGUGAGCCUAGCGGGUCCGGUUCUCGCGCUCCUUCUCGCCAUGGAUCGCAGGAUCAGACUCCCGCUGCUCCCGCUGCGCUCCCCAUCGAGCCCGUCCAGACCGGCCAGUCUGCUACUUCCAACCGUCCCAUGUCGCCCGCUUCCACUACCAGCCAGUCCAAGUCCGCCGCCGCCGCCGCCGCCCCGGUUGAGGCCGAUCCUUUCGCUGUCAACACGGAUGCCAAGGCGAAGGAGGACUUUGAGAGUGCGUUCGCUAGCUUCAAGAACACCCAUGCUAAGCCCGCUGUUACUGUCGCGGAGCCUGCCAAGGCUGCUACAUUCUCCAAGUUCGAUUCGGAGUUCCCUCCUAUUUCGGAAUUGGAGAGGGAUGAUGAUGAGAGUGAUUCGGAGAGCGAGGCGGCACUAGCAACACCGCCCGCCGUUACUACUAGUAACGCCAACUUCGACGAUGACAUCUGGGGCACUGGUUCUCCCGCUCCCGCUGCCGCUCCCGUCGCUGCUCCCGUUCCUACCUCCACCACUACCCAACCUCCCGCUGCUGCCGCUCCCGCUGCUGCCGCUCCCGCCAUCGCCCAACCUCCUGCCGCUACCUCCCAGUCCUCCAAGGGCGCGUUUGACGACCUAGACGACGAAUUCGCCGACCUCGAAGACGCCAAGGAAGGCAGCUCCGCCGACGACGUAGAAGACUUCGCCAACAUCUCCCGCUCCGGCUUCGGAGAUGACGGUUUUGGCAGUGGCAGCGUAGGCGGUAGCCAGUUCGGUUCUCCCCCGCCUAGCCAGCCUAGCCAGUCAAAGAGCGGUGCGAGCGAUUUCGACCUUAUCCCUUCCCACCAGGCUACCCAAUCUCAAGGAUCAUUCGCGGCGCCAAAGGCAGAUGCGCAUGAUUGGGAUGCUAUCUUUGCGGGUCUUGAUGAGGGAAGUCAAGCUCAACAGGGUAGUGGUCAAAGCCCUUUUGAGAGCUUGGAGACGCCGAGGCCGGGGUCGAGUGCUAAUCCCCAAGGACAACAAGCUGGUGGUGAGCAGCAGAAGGGGGGUGAGGAGCAAAAGAAGGAAGGUGCUGCUGGGGAGCUGGAAAGGCCAGCGCCGGCAGGUAGAGCGUUGACGACGACGGGGGAACACGAUGAUCCGAUUGUCAAGAAUUUGACGAGUAUGGGGUACUCGAGAGAUCAGGCGGUGAGGGCUUUGGAGAAGUAUGAUUAUAAUUUGGAGAGGGCUGCCAACUUCCUUGCUAGCCAGUCCUAA